GUUGGUUGGUGCAUGUGUCCAGCGUCCUCAAUCUUCGGGGCUUACUUUCUAGCCUUCUAUCCUCGGGAAACCCAGUCGCGAAAAAAGGGUGACAGUUCGUCCGAAACUCGAUAUCCUUCCACUUCCCCAAGGAGGCUUGUACCCCUCCUGUUUUUCCUUUUCUUCCUUCUUUGUCAGUGUCUGUCUCUUCUCUCAACCCUUCUCCUCCUCCCUGCAGCAUAUCAUCACAAACAUGGCGCGGAGACAGCACCUUUCGUUGAUGGUCCUGCUGGCCAUCGUCGCCUUCUUUAGCGUCUCGUACCUCUUCUCGAGCGGUUCCGCCGAUCCCUCUUCACCCGCGCCGCCCGUCGCUGCCGCCCCUGCGAAGGGUGACUCCGUCUCCUCAAGCGCCGAUACCCCCGACCUAGGCCACAUCUCCAGCGCCAUUCUCUCCGGAGAGUCCAUCGCCCCGAAGCUCGAGAAUGCGACGGCAAAAGCCGAACUCGGCCGCGCCUCCUGGAAGCUCUUCCACACGAUGAUGGCCCGCUUCCCCGAGAAGCCCACCCCGGACGACAGCCUCGCCCUGAAGACAUACAUCCAGCUCUUCGCUCGCCUCUACCCCUGCGGCGACUGCGCUUCGCACUUCCGCAAGCUUCUGGCCAAGUACCCGCCCCAGACAAGCAGCCGGAACGCCGCCGCUGGCUGGGCCUGCUUCGUCCACAAUGAGGUCAACACACGUCUGAAAAAGGACCAGUUCGACUGCAACAAGAUUGGCGACUUUUACGACUGCGGUUGUGGCGACGAGGACAAAAAGAAGGCUGAGGCCGGUGAGAAGACCAGCCUGGAGCUCGAGAAGAACGAUCUAACCAAGGGAGCUUAACAUGCUGAUGUACCGAGCUGAACUGAACUAUGAGCGUAUUUGGACAUUUCUGGACAUAGCAGCGUCGUAUCAUUUCAAACAUAUGGGAAAGUUUCUAUACACAUAUACAGGCGAAGGUCAUCUCUGGGCCAGGGUCGCGAAUGACGACCGGACCCGCCAACCUGGACGCAGCGAAAUCCUGAUAUCCGGGUAGAGGCGCGUUUGUAAUGGCACGGCUCGAGAGGAGACGCUAAUAGCCCUCUGCCGGUCACGGUCUAUCUCAAUGAUGAGCCACCCGUGAUUUGACGAGAUGCCCUUCAAUUCGAUGUACUACAUUUACAUGGGCUGGGAGCUCACGUGGGGAUAUGUGACGUGGAUACACUUCUAAUCUCAACCGAUAAUGACACGCCGCCACGCUGAUAAUCAGGUGACAUUUGGCGCGUCAUUGGGCAAAUGAACAGUCCUGAACC